CACAGCCCCGUGGAGCUGGCGCUCGCUCAUUCAGUUUUCUAGAGAGAUCUGAGCCGGAACCCGGGAGCCCAGGAGAUCUUUCUCGCCCACACAGCUCAGCAGCAAGGACAUCUACAGGGGGGAAAAGCCCACCCCACGCAGCCCCCCGCCGCCCCACGGCAGCUGCCGGCGCUGUGCAGUAAGUGGUGGAAUAAGCAACACUUUCCUUUGGAUGGAUUAUAGUACAUGUGAACUGCCUGUUACUCUGCAAGAAUAAGAAAGCCCUUUGCUUUUACUUGUUAAAUAUCAACUUGAUAGCAAAAAGCAUCUGAAUGGCUCACACUCACAGAUCAUCAAUUGAAUGGGAUCAGCACUUCUACUAAAAUAUCCGAAGUUAAGGAUUUGGAAAAGAGGUUUUUGCAGAGAUGACCCAUUUACAAGCUGGACUUAGUCCAGAGACUAUAGAGAAAGCCCGCCUGGAACUGAAUGAAAACCCAGACAUUUUGCACCAGGAUAUCCAGCAAGUCAGGGACAUGAUCAUCACGAGGCCUGACAUUGGGUUUUUACGUACAGAUGAUGCCUUCAUCUUGAGAUUUCUCCGAGCCAGAAAGUUUCACCAAACGGAGGCCUUCAGACUGCUGGCUCAGUACUUCCAAUACCGCCAAUUAAAUCUGGAUAUGUUCAAAAACUUCAAGGCUGAUGACCCAGGAAUCAAACGGGCUCUGACUGACGGGUUUCCGGGAGUGCUGGAAAAUCGCGACCACUGCGGCAGGAAGAUUCUUCUGCUUUUUGCAGCCAACUGGGAUCAGAGUAGGAACUCCUUCAUAGAUAUCCUUCGGGCUAUUCUCCUUUCCUUGGAAGUGCUCAUUGAAGAUCAGGAGCUUCAGAUAAAUGGCUUCAUUCUAAUUAUAGAUUGGAGCAACUUCUCCUUCAAGCAAGCCUCCAAGCUUACACCCUCUAUCCUCAAACUGGCCAUUGAAGGGUUACAGGACAGCUUUCCUGCACGUUUUGGAGGAGUCCAUUUUGUCAAUCAGCCCUGGUACAUCCAUGCCCUGUACACGCUAAUCAAACCAUUCCUCAAAGACAAGACAAGGAAAAGGAUCUUUCUUCAUGGGAACAACCUGAACAGCCUCCACCAGCUAAUACACCCCGAAUGCCUGCCCUCUGAGUUUGGGGGCACUCUGCCUCCCUACGACAUGGGGACGUGGGCUCGAACGCUGCUGGGUCCCGACUACAGCGAUGAGAACGAGUACACCCACACCUCCUACAACGCCAUGCACGUGAAGCACGCCUCCUCCAGCCUGGAGAGGGAGGCCUCGCCCAAGCCCAUGAAAAGGUCCCAGUCCGUGGUGGAAGCAGGCACGCUGAAACACGAAGACCAGGGGGAGAGUGAGAACACCCAGCCACUGCUGGCUCUGGACUGAGCCCUCAGG